UUCUGAUUCCCACCUAUUUAUCUCAAUCUCAUCUCUUUCUAAAAGGUUAGAUCUUGAGUCCCAUUUUGCUCAAGUUCUCACCUUCCCUAAUUCAAAUCUUCCAACACCAAUUCCCCAUCCUUAAUCUCCUUUUUUCUUAUCGUUAAUCAAAACCCAAUUGCUUGUUUCCAAGUUGUCGAUUUUGAUUAAUUAAAAGAAAAAAAGAGAAAAUCAAACAAGGAGAUGGUGAUUAUAAAAGGAAAAAAUAAGUUAGGAUGGAGGAAUCUAGGAUCGGUUUGAUGAUAGGUAAAAAAAGCUCUCUAAUCUCUUUCUCAUCACCAAGAGAUCUUGGCAAUGUUCAUGUGAACUUCGAAUGCCGAUCUCGAUUCCAGACACAGUCGGCAUCGGCAUUCGAUUCCUAUUCCAUUGCUUUGGAGGUGGCCUUCUUUGAGACUCAAAUUUGAGUCUUUUGAUUAGGCUGUGCUGUUAUAUAUUUUCUUUUCAAACAAGCUUCCACUUCCUCUUCUUCCUUUUCUUUCCAGUCUGGCCCAUUACUAUCUUUUUGUUUGGUUGUUUGUGUUGAAUGUUCUUGUGGCUUUUGUUUGUGGUUUGACGGAUUCCGGAGUCGGUUUCUGAUUCCGUGAGAAAUGGAUUCCCGUAAAUUCAAUGAAACCGGUGCUAAUAUGGAGCCUGAUUAUGUUGAAAAGGACCCGAAAGGCCGAUACAUAAGGUAUCGGGAAGUUCUCGGUAAAGGUGCAUUCAAGACAGUUUACAAAGCAUUCGACCAAAUCGACGGAAUUGAAGUUGCAUGGAACCAAGUGAGGAUCAAUGACGUAUUACAGUCUCCAGACGACUUUGGAAAGUUGUAUUCCGAAGUUCGUAUUCUUAAAUCACUAAAACACAAGAACACCAUCAAGCUUUUCGAUUCAUGGAUUGAUACCAAGAACAAGACUUUGAACAUGAUCACAGAGCUCUUCACAUCAGGAAACCUACGCCAAUAUAGUAAGAAGCAUAAAAGUGUUGAUAUGAAAGCGAUUAAGAAUUGGGCAAGACAGAUUUUGCAUGGUCUUGAUUACCUUCAUAGUCAAAACCCUCCGGUGAUUCAUCGGGAUAUUAAAUGUGACAACAUUUUUGUUAAUGGAAACCAUGGUGAAAUUAAAAUCGGUGAUCUUGGAUUGGCUACUGUUUUGCAACAACCAACUGCUAAAAGUUUCAUAGGAACCCCUGAAUUUAUGGCACCCGAGCUUUAUGAGGAGGAAUAUAAUGAACUUGCUGAUAUAUAUUCAUUCGGUAUGUGCAUGUUGGAAAUAGUAACUUUUGAGUACCCAUAUAGCGAAUGCAAAAACCCAGCUCAGAUUUACAAGAAAGUUACCUCUGGGAUUAAACCGGCUUCUCUUGAGAAAGUGAGUGAUCCAAAAGUGAAAGAAUUCAUAGAGAAAUGUUUGGUUCCGGCGAACCAAAGGUUAUCUGCUAAGGAGCUUUUGAAAGAUCCGUUUUUGGAGAUCAUGAAUCUCCGAAAGCCAAUGCAGAGUCCAUUGCCAAGAUCGUUAAGCCAUGUAAGCACUGCAAAUCAUGCAGUUGUUGAACUUUGUAGAGUGUAUGAAGGAAAUGAGUUUAAGCUCAAAGGCACCAAGAACGACAAAAAUUCAGUUUCUUUAACCAUACGAAUCGCUGACCCAAGUGGCCAAGUGAGGAACAUACAUUUCCUAUUUUACAUCAACACCGACACCGCACUAUCAGUCUCACAUGAGAUGGUUGAACAACUCGAGUUACAAAAACAUCAUGUGUCUUUCAUCACCGACUUUAUCAACGAAGCAAUCACAAGAAUCUUACCUUCAAAAACUUUGGGGUUUGAAGAUCUUAAUGAUGUUUCAAAAGGGAGAGCGAUAACAAGAAGUCGUUCAUUUCUUUCAUUAUGUGAAAGUGAUGAGAUCAAGGAAAUGGUAGAAUUAAAAGCAACAGAAUCAGGGUAUAAGAGAUGGUGUAAAGAGAUGAAAAGGGGGAGGAAGAAGGGAGUUGAAGCCACUAGAAAGAGAUGUAUAAUGAUUUCAUGAGAUUAGAGAAUUUUGUGUUGAUUUGAGAGUAGGGAACGGGUAUGUAUGUUAGUAUGUAUCCUUGUGCAAUUUAACUUUGUUCCUUUCUCAAAAAAAUGCAAAUAUAAUAGAGUCUACUUGCAUAA